AUGUCGGACCUCCCCAAGACCAUGAAGGCUCUGCAAUACUCCAAGCCCAAGGAGUUUGCAGUGGUCGAUGUUUCUUUGCCUGAACUCAGAGACGAUGACGUUUUGGUCAAGGUCAAGGCGUGUGGUGUUUGUGGAACCGACCUGCAUAUUCACGAGGGAGAGUUCAUUGCCAAGUUCCCCCUUAUUCCAGGACACGAGACCGUUGGUGUGGUCGCUGCUGUAGGAAAGGAUGUGAAGGAGUUCAAGGUUGGCGACCGGGUCGCCGCCGACAAUGCCGAACUUUGCGGUCAUUGCUUCUACUGCCGACGAGGCGAGCCACUGCUUUGUGAGAACUGGGCCGGCCACGGCACGACACUAAGCGGCGGUUUCGCCGAGUACUGCGCGUACCCUCAGGGCAAGGUUUUCAAGUUCAACAACAUGAGCGACGUCGAGGCGACACUGAUCGAGCCGGCGUCGUGCGCAUGCCACGGCCUUGACAAGAUCAAGCCCCGAAUUGGCUCGAGCGUGCUCAUGUUCGGCGCGGGACCAACUGGCCUGAUGCUGGCUCAGCUGCUGCGGCAGAACGGAUGCAGCCAGGUGACCAUCGCAGCCCCGGCGGGUCUCAAGAUGGACCUGGCGCGCAGCCUGGAUGCGGCCGACACUUACGUGGACUUGUCGCGCGAGAACAGCGGGCCUCAGCUGGAGCAGCUCAAGAAGGACAACCCGUACGGGUUCGACAUCGUCAUCGAGGCGACCGGAUCGGUCAAGAUUUUGGAGGACGCCAUCAACUACUGCCGCAGGGGCGGCACCCUGGUGGUGUAUGGCGUCUAUGGCGACCAGGACAAGGUGUCGUGGAAGCCGACCAAGAUCUUUGGCGACGAGAUCCGCAUCAUCGGAUCGUUCAGCGAGGUCUUCAUGUUCCCCCAGACCAUCGACUACCUCGACAACGGCAAGAUCAAGACCAAAGGUAUCGUGAACAAGACAUUCAAGCUGGAGCAAUUUGGUGAGGCGUUGGAGAGUAUCAAAAACAAGAGUGCGAUCAAGGCGGCGAUUGUGUUUGACUGA